AUGGCGAUCAAAAACCCCGCAUUCCCCUAUCGCCGGGGAUCCAAUGCCUCGGAGCAAGACUUCUUCGACAUCCCCGAUGAAUCAUGUCUGACAGUCGUCAAGCGAGAACUCCGUCGAGUCCGCACCUGGGUGGUGCUUCUGGUAUUCUUCGUGUUGAUUAAAUGGAUGCGCCGAACUCCCCCUCCCCCGCCGCCACUCCCGCAUAUUCAUUACGAUGAGGUGGAUUGGUCGCGCUUCGCUUAUACUCAAUAUGCCACGAGUGAGACAUAUCUGUGCAAUUGUGUGAUGGUAUUUGAGGCCUUGCAUCGGCUGGGUUCGCGCGCGGAUCGACUACUGUUUUAUCCGAAGGAGUGGGAUUUGGUUAUCGACGGUGAUUCGGAUCGGAUCAGUCAGUUGCUGGUACUGGCCAAGGAUCAAUAUAAUGUGCAAAUGGUGCCGGUCGCCAUUGAAGGUAUCAUGGCUGAGACGGGAGGUGAAGGAGAAUUCUCCGAGGCAUCUUGGGAUACCAGCACCGCCAAACUCUACGCUUUCGGCGUUCUCCAAUACGAUCGAGUCAUUCACCUCGACUCGGACAUGAUGCUCUUCCAGCCCAUGGACGAACUCUUCUUCCUCCCCAAAACCAGCAUCGCCAUGCCCCGGGCAUACUGGCUCUUGCCCGAGACAAGAACCCUCUCCUCCCUCGUCGCUGUCAUUGAACCCUCAUACCGUGAAUUCACCCUCCUCAAAGAAGCAAUCCAGCCCGCGAUCUUCGGCCAAGUCGACCUCAAUCUCACCAACGCCCGAUACGACAUGGAGGUCCUCAACAGUCGUUAUGGGGAUAGUGCGCUCGUCCUCCCUCAUAGACAGUAUGGUCUGAUCUCGGGAGAGUUCCGCAGAAAAGAUCACCACGCAUACUUGGGCAAUGACCACGAGGAGUGGAACCCCGAAAAGGUCAUCUCGGAGGCUAAAUUCGUGCACUUUUCGGAUUGGCCAUUGCCGAAACCUUGGGUGAUGUGGACUCAAGAGCAACUGGCUACGCUGCAGCCUGCGUGCGAUAAUAAUCCUGGGACACCGCAAGAGAGUGGCUGCAAAGACCGCGAGAUUUGGAAACAGCUUUAUGAUGAGUUCCGGCGCAAGCGCAAGGAUAUUUGUAAACUGUUGAGCUUCCCAGCUCCAAUUUGA